AUGGAGAGCGGACUGCAACUCCUGCACUUUUUAGUAACGUUUCCUCUCAUCGGCGGCUCACCUUUCCAGUACAGCAUGUUUCAGGGAAACGCGUAUUCUGCUCCAGAAACGCGGCAAAGAAGCAAAAACUGGUGCGCCUAUGUUGUGCGUAAAAACGUGAGCUGUGCGGUCGUUGGAGGCACGGAGAGUUUCCUGCAGCCGGAGCUGCUGCCGUGCCCGCCCGAGCUGCCAAACUGUGCGCAACAAGUGAUAUAUCAGACACAUUUCAGACCAAUGUACAAAAUUGCCUACAAAACUGUGACAGAGCUGGAGUGGAGGUGCUGCCCGGGAUAUCAGGGCCGUGACUGCAUGGAGGUGAAGGACCUUAAGCUACUCCAAGUAGAACGCUUGCCCCAAACUCGCUCUCCCUUUGGCCAUUUUCCAGUCCCACAUGACGAGAGAACGGAGGAACGCAGAAAUAAUCCGAUGGGAAGAGAAGUGGACGCUGGAGGUCAGAUAUAUGAACAGCCAGUAAGGGCUCAAGGAAGAUCUCGAAGUGCGCCACAUCUGGAAGAAGAGGUGCAGCGUCUGUCCCAGAUGGUUCUGGACAUGCAGGAGAGAAUGACAGACAUGGCGUCCAACCUGAGGUUGGAUUUCCAGGAGGAUGCCAGUAAAAUGCUAGUUACGUUGCUGAAUGAUGUCAAACAGCCCGCCAGUGCACGGGGCGGCGAGACGGAAACUAUUCAGGUGCAGGACUUCUCUUUAGACCACGAGAUGUUGCCGAUGGACAGUGUCAUGAAUAAGAUUAACCAGGUCACCCAUGAUCUGGAGACCAAGAGCAAUGCCCUGGAUGACUUGCUUGGUCGAGUCACCCUCCACGAUGGACAAAUUCGUCUUUUAAUGGAGGCAUCCCACACGCCAUACCUGUCCACUCCUGCUCCCUCGACCAGUGACGCAGACCUGCGAGCCUACCUGAACGAUAAGAUCCGGGAACUGAGAGAGGAGAUGAUGGAAGGCAUGGACAUCAAACUCGCGGACUUGAAGAACUCCUGUGAAUAUAAAAUCAUCUCAGUUCAGGAGCAAUGUGAAGGCCAGGAGACCAACUACCUCAGUCUGGCUGAGCUCAUUGAAUCAAAGGAAAGCGACCUCCUCAAACAGAUCCAGGACCUAAAGACCACACUCCACCUGAACUCAUCAGACGGGAGUCUGGGGGCACAGUGUCUCUCUGUGGAGGAGAGGUUGCAUAACAAACAGGAAGAGGCCAUCCGAGAACUGAAGGAGGCGAUGGAGGAUAAGCUGGCGUCCUUGGAGGACAGACUUACAACCAUUUUAUUAGAUGCGAGCACCAGCUCCCCAUCUGGUGAUCAGAAAGAGGGACCAGAUGCUCUGCAGAACGACAUCGGUGCACUAAAGGACUCUGUUCAAUCUCUGGAGCAUAGACUAAACGGUAUGGAUCAUAUGUGCUCGCAAGAGUGCAAAGCCCAUUUGACAACUUUAGAAAACCUCCAGCAAGACUUCCAUAGCUUUAGAGCUAUUGUGGAUGCCAUGGAGACGCAAAUAAAAGCUCAGAUAAGUGACAUUAGAGCCCUGGAGGGGCAAGUCCUCAACCACAGCAGCAGCUUUGAGAGUAUAAACGGCAGCUUAAAUGACCUCAAAGGCCAUGUGGGCAAACUGGAGGACUCAUUAUCAGACGUGGUCCAGCAGCAGUCUCAAACACUGAAUUCAUCCUGGGGUCGAGUCGGAGCAGACGCUGAACGGGAGGCUAAGGAACUUUUGGAGCUCCACAGGGAGCGACAUCAUAAGCUAAGGAAACAGCUUGACGAGUUCGGGAGGGAAGUGAAGGCUGAGGCCGACCACUGCAGGGAAAAAACGCAGCAUAUUGGGGAGGGGAUCACCCAUAUGGACAGACGCAUCGUUAAUGUAGAGACUUUAUGCAGUAAGCUGGAUCCCAUCUCUGAAAGCCUCAAGAGAAUCAAAGAUGGGCUGAAAAAGCAUGUCACUGGGUUGUGGAAUUGCGUGAAAGAACUCAACAUCACGGUGAGAGAUCAUGGUCACAAUAUUGGAGGGUUGAGAGGAACUUACCAGACUCUGCAGAAUCACGUCUCAAAUGUCGCCAGAGAUCUUCAGGUUUUAUCAAAAAGCUCACCUGGGAACGAAGGUGCCCCGGUCCAGCAGGGGAAGCUGGGACCUCCUCAUGAUUCGAGCACGAGCCUGAAGGUCCCGCUGGGACCCGUGGACACACCGCUCCCACAGCCACGGGUGCUGGAGACCGGAGAGGCGGGCCCUCCAGCCUCACCUGUUAAAUCUACCGAAUCGCUAAGAGCUGGCGUGUCUCUGAUCUCAGAUUUGAGCGAGGCUCUCAGAUCCCCUCAACAUAAGCCAGCUAUUGCUUCAGACAAGGUGUCCUUCUCCGCGGGUCUGACUCUUGCCAAAUUUCAAGGACAAUCUGGGAUUAUUCGCUUCAACAAGGUGCUGGUCAAUGAUGGAGGUUAUUAUGACCCUCUUACAGGCGUCUUCACAGCUCCUACAGAUGGCCGCUAUCUGCUGACGGCCGUGCUCGCAGCCCAGCGGGGCCAGAAGGUGGAGGCAGUGCUGCUGGUGUCCAAUCAAAACAUCCAGAAGCUGGACUCCACUGGUUUCUCGUCUGAAGCUUCACACCAAGGAUGUAACUGCAGCAGUUCGACUCCGCUGAGCCUGGUUCUGUCACUGAGGCGAGGAGACCGAGCGGGACUGGUCCUGACCGCUGGAAAGCUGGCCUCCUCGGCAUCGCCGCAGAUCCUGUCCUCCUUCAGCGCCGUGCUCCUGUACAGAAGCCCGUCAGCACGGUAGCUCCUGAAGUGGAUUGUUGGUUUGUUUCUCAGAACACAACAAAGACGGAGCAGAUGGAACGAACUUUUUACUUGUUUUACAAGUAGUAAUAUAUAGUGUUUAUUGCGAUUAACUUGUACUGUUACGUAUUUUUUCUGGCUCUUACCUUGGUUCAACAGUUGACAGGAAUCUAACUCUCAUUUUUGAUAUUUGAAACACAGAAUACCACUGAAUACAUACUAACACAGAAAUAAACUAUCCUCAGAACUUUGAACAGGAUACAACAACAUACAAA